CUUCUGUGCGACCCGCAGCCGCUCCAUGUGUUAGCUCAGCACUAGCCUGCAUGCUGUUGUUGAUUCGUUUGUCAAAAGCUGAGCUUCUCAUCUGAUAUAAUCAAACCAAACACAGGACUUUAACAAACAUAUAAAUCGUUCGCCAUUGAUAGAAAUGGCAGCGAUUGCAGUCCCAGUAAAUACCAGAGUCUUUCUUCUGGACAUUGAAGGAACCACGACGCCCAUCACGUUUGUCAAGGACAUCUUAUUUCCCUACAUCAGAGAGAAUCUGGAGGAAUAUCUGUCUGCUCACUGGGAAGAGGAUGAAUGCAAACAAGACGUUCAUCUGCUCAAGAAACAGGCUGAAGAAGACUUGCGGCAGAAUAAAGCGUGUCCCGUUCAUGCUGUGGACCAGACGGUUCACACAGAUGAGGAGAAGGCCAUCCGGGAGGUGGUGGAUAGCGUGCUGUGGCAGAUGGCUGCGGACAGAAAGAGCACUGCGCUGAAACAGCUGCAGGGCCACAUGUGGAGAGCCGCGUAUGUGACGGGGAAAAUCAAAGGCGAGGUGUACCCGGAUGUGGUUCCAGCCGUCAGACGGUGGAGGCGUGGAGGUCUGAAGGUCUUCAUCUACUCCUCAGGAAGUGUGGAGGCGCAGAAGCUGCUCUUUGGCUACUCUGUCGAAGGAGAUCUCUUAGAUCUGUUUGAUGGUCACUUCGACACUAACAUUGGUGCCAAAGUAGAAAGUAAGAGCUAUGAGAACAUCGCGGAGAGGAUUGGAUGCCAACCGGAGGAAAUCAUGUUCUUAACCGACGUCACACGAGAGGCAAAGGCAGCAGAGGAUGCUGGGGUGAACGUGAUCAUGGUAGUUAGACCUGGCAACACGGAGUUAACCGAAGAGGAGAGGAGCCAUUAUAGAGUCCUCCCAUCUUUCAACCAGUUAGAGCUGAGCGGGAACGUUUGACAGCACAGAACAGCAUCGGAUCAUGUGAAAACCAGCGGUUACUAUGUGUUGUUAUUCCACUGGACUGAAACGCCAAGCCUCCCAGGUGCUUGUUUUUUACACUGAAACCCAUCUGUGAAUUAUCAUACACUCACAUUCUCUUUGAAUGUUUUAUAUGCGGUGUUAAUGUGUAGCAUAUGACAUAUUCAUGUCUUUAUCCCCCACAUGUGCAGUGAUAUAAAAUAUGAUAACCUGCCAACUAGACACAGGUUUAGUGUGAUUGUACCUCAUGUCUUAUAAACCUCAGUCUUAAAUGUUGUUGUAAAAUUUUAUUCCAAACGGACACAUCGAACAAAUCACAUUUGCAACAUUUAGAUACACCAGCACCCGAGAACAGAUGUCUGUUUUAGUAACAAAAUACAGGAUCAUGACCAAUGUCAGAGAUGUUUUACAAUACUUAACAUCAAGUAUAAAAAGCUGCAUAAGCUUCUUUUAAGAUUAUGCAGGACCGGUUUAAAAUGUAAUGCGGUUACAUGAAUACAAACCAUCUGUGAUUCAAUAUCGAAGGUAUAGUUCACCAAAAAAUAAAAAUGGUAAUUUACUCACCCUCAG